UGAAACCAAAGGGACAAAGAAGGCAGAGAGACAAUUCCCAUUCCCAAAUUUCUUCCUCUUUCUCUGUUCUCUUUCUACAAGAAAGAGAGAGAAGGGGAUAAUCCAUCCAUCCUCUUCAUUUUUCAUUUUUCCCAAAGGAGGCUAGGUGGUCCAAUACCAUAAUUAUCAUGGGUUGUGGUGAAUCAAAGCAUGCUGUUUCAAUAGAGAACGCCACCAUCAGCAGCAAAAGCAAGAGAUCAUCCUCUUCUAGAUCCAGUUCUUGCAGGAAGGAGAAAGCCUCGGAAACUGCUCCUGCCCAAGAGACGGGUGCCUCGGCCCCACCAUUGGCGGGGCAACAAGAACAAGAACAAGAAGCUGCAAAAGAUGACCCCAAGAAGCCACCUGAGGCUGUUGUUAUAGAGGGUGAAAUUAAUAAAGCCAAAAGCCAAAUAGCCCUCGAAGGACAGAAAGCCUCGGAAACCGCUCCCUCCCAAAAGACCGGUGCCUCGGCCCCACCAUUGGCUGCAAAAGAUGACCCCAAGAAGCCAUCCGAGGCUGUUGUCAUAGAGGGUGAAAUUAAUAAAGCCAAAAGCCAAAUAGCCCUUGAAGAACAGAAAGCCUCGGAAACCGCUCCUGCCCAGAAGGCUGGCGCCUCGGUCCCACCAUUGGCAGCGGGGCAACAACAAGAAGCUGCAAAAGAUGACCCCAAGAAGCCAUCUGAAGCUAUUGUUAUAGAGGGUGAAAUUAAUAUUUCCAAAAGCCAAAUAGCCCUUGAAGGACAGAAAGCCUCAGAAACCGCUCCUGACCAGAAGGCUGGUGUUUUGGCCCCACCAUUGGCGGGGCAACAACAAGAAGAAGAACAAAAAGCUGCAAAAGAUGACCCCAAGAAACCACCUGAGGCUGUUGUUAUAGAGGGUGAAAUUAAUAUUGUAAAGGAAGCCAAAAACCAAAUAGCCCCGGAAGGACAGAAAGGUGAUGAUGAUGAUCAUGGAAAGGGUGAAACCAAUGUUGUAAAAGAAGGAAAGGGUGAAAAAGUCCUUGAAGGAGAGACAGGUGGUGAUGAUCAUGGAAAGCAGGCCGAAAAGGCCCUCAAGGCGAAGGAAGAUGAUGAUGAUGAUCAAGGAAAAGAAAACAAGAAUGGACAACCCGAAUCCGAGGAGGAUAAGGAAAGCAAGAACAAUGCUGAGGCUUUUAAGGUGGCUGUGGAAGAAUCUGUGCCUGUUAAGGAUGAGAAUGAAAAGGAGAUCAACAAAACUGAAGAGGUUGUAAAGGCAGCAGAGAAAGUAUCUGUUGAAGACAACAAAACAGAUGCACAAAAAGAAGAUGGUGCCAAGACAAAUGAAGAAGGAAAGAAGAUGGAAGAAAAAUCUGUUCCAGCUGCUACUAAUACAAAAGCUGAAGUUGAAGCCAAACCAGAACCAGAAGACAAAACUCCAACUCCACCACAAGAGGACAAAAAACCCGAGGCCUUAGUGACAGAGGAGAAGGCUAAUGAAAAAGAAAGCCUUUGAAGACUUGCUGCAUUUCCAGUUUAGACAUCUGAUCUGACUAUCUCUAUGGAUAUAAACAUAACCAAUUUGGGAUCAAAGAAAGACAUAUCUAUAGAGUUAAGUAUGUGAAGAAGUUGUUACCUUUAUCAUUUCAAACACAUUGGCUUCCCCCCAAUUCUUUUCAAAUGUCUGGGAAUUUCACUCUCUAUACAUCUGGGAAUGUGGUUCUAUUUAAGAGAUGAUAUGAAUGAUGAUUCAUGAAACUUUGUGUACCACCACCAUUCUUAUGGGCUGUACUUCAAAAAAAAAGAAAAAGAAAAGAUGUUUAUCUCUUCCAUAAUGUUUGGUUAUUUAA